CAGUGGGUCGCCGGCGGUGCCCAGCGGGCACUUGCCACGGCCCCUGCGAGCUGCCGCCCGUGCUGCUUCCACCGCAGCAUCUCUGCGGCGGUGGGAGGGUGGCUGGGGAGCAGGGCCCCCGCGGCUUGCCGGGGUUUCCCAUCGAGGCACCUUGACCGAGAGGUUCGUGAAUGUCGGUGGGGAAAAGGGAGCGAAGCGGAGCACCGGCUCGCAAGGACGGGAUCGCUCUGAUGACUUGGCCUGCCCGAGAGCGUUGCUGUGACGGUGGAGCUGUGCGCGUUACUCCGUGGGUAUCUGCGAUUGCCCAAACCUGCCUUGCAAGGACAGAGCCUGUAACCUUGGACCUGGCAGAACCGCAGUGCUAGACCAAAGCAGCCAUGGGCGUUGUGCCCGGCACAGAUAUGCAAGUGGGAGAGGCUGUGUUCCACUCCAGCACACAGCAAAUAAGACAGGGAAUUUACUCGUCAUUUGAAGACUGGAGGUGAUACCUUUGGGCCAAAGAAACAAUUCCGUGUGGUUUUUUGCACGCUUUUCACUAAAAAUGUUUUUUACUGUUGGGUAAAAACCCAAAUAGGUUUUCGCCUCCCCAUUUGGGCUCAGCUCCCGUCUCUGCUGCUGGAAGCGUUUCACUUUGAAUGUGAAAUCUCUCUUGUUGAAGUUGCACUUCGGUAUCAAUGCAAUCUGUGUCCAAGACGAUGGUCAAGUGCAUACAGUCUGAAUGGAGUCCAGGGCAGAAAGUAACUGUGAAAGAAGUCAGUGGGAAGGUGUUCCUGCAAUGUGUAAUAGAAGGCCAACAUCAAGUCCAGUGGCUGAAAGAUAGUAAUCCUGUAGGAAACACAACACAGCUGGACUUGGGUGCAGUUUACGAUGAUCCCAGAGGCAUCUAUACAUGUAAAAUGGAAAAUGGAAAGCAAAGCACCCUCCAGGUGUACUAUCGAAUGUGCCAGAACUGCAUCGAAGUGGACGCUCCCACCAUCUCGGGGAUCGUGAUCGCAGAUGUGGUCGCCACCGUCUUCCUGGCGGUUGCUGUGUAUUGCAUCACUGGCCAGGACAAGGGACGCAUGUCACGAGCUUCUGACAGGCAGAACCUAAUUGCCAACGAGCAGCUCUACCAGCCCCUUGGUGAGCGGGACGAUGGACAGUACAGCCGGCUGACACCUGCCAAGGCCCGCAAGUGAAGUGGGAAGAUGCUGGAGCCUGUGACUCCACACCAGGAGUGAUACUACAGCAAAGCCACCGCCAGUGCCCAAGCACACCGGUACCCUGCCCUGGCACUGCCUUUGUAAGCUCACUGCUGGCAGAAAACAGUGGGGUUUUGCUUAGAAACCCCUCCAGCUCUUGCCAGGAUGGGCUGCUUGUAGCACUCUGUUCUUUCCAUGACCUCUUGCGCUUUUGUAUUCCUCUCAUUAAAGAUGAGCCCAUCCCA